UGUUCUAUGCUUGUCAAUUUUGACAUUAUGUGUGUCUUGACAUCUUUAUAACCUAUAAUGUGAAGGCACCUUUUUGAAAAUUGAAGACUUUCUAUAUAUCCUUUCAAACAAUUAAAGAAAUUCAGGAGAAGAUAAUUACCUCAAUAUAGAGUAAAAAGAUGACUGUAAGCAGAGUUGUGCACGAAGGUAAACAUAUCAUGUCUGAAGAUGAAGGUAACAGAAGCAGUGAUGCUGAUGAUGAAAUGGAUGAUGGAGAAGGUAGAGAGGUAUCGAAUGCGGCGUGGGUGGAUUCUAUUUCAAAGAUUUUAAACACAAAGAAACCCAAAAACAAGAAGCACAUUGUACUUUCAAAAGCAAAAACACUUUCUGACCUUAAGAAGAAAAAAGUGAAGCCUGUAGGUUUUGAAGUUGAGACAGCUGAUGGAGAAGUUAAGAAGGAGGUGAUUGAAGAGCCAGAAGAAACAGUUCCAGAAAGAACAAAGAAAAAGAAAAGGGAUAUAUUGAACAUAAGAGUUAAACCAGAUAUAUUAGAGAAAGACAGAGAGAGGACCUUACAGAAAAUUGCCACAAAAGGUGUAGUGCAGCUCUUCAAUGCUGUCAAAAUGCAACAGAAAGAUAUUGGUAUGAAAUUAAAGGAGGCUGGAUCAUUAGAAGUAAGAAAGGAAAAGGUUCUGAAGAACAUUGACAAAAGGGCCUUUUUGGAUGUGCUGAUGGGUGAAAAAUCUGACAAGGUUGAUGAGGCUCUACAUAAUAGGCAGAAAGCUGAAACUAAAGAUACCUCAUGGAGUGUGUUGAAAGAAGAUUUUAUGAUGACUGCAAAAAUGAAGGACUGGGAUAAAGAGAUGGAGUGUGAAACUGAAGAUGUACAAGAAGAAAUUGAAUCUGAUUGAAGAAGUUGUUUUUAUUAAUUGUAUAUUGUUGUAAAUAUAUUUUUUCUAAACAUUAGCUUUCCACCCCAGUAAUGACGGAAAAUAUUCCAAUGAUUUUAAUAAAAAAGUAAUUAAA